CUUUUUCUUCUCUUAAGUGUAGUUGCGGAAACCUGGAAAGAAGGAUCUGUAACCCGAGGCCUUCCCAGGUUCCUAGUAGGCGACGAAUGCUCAAGGAGUUCUCGGCAUACAGGCUCGAAUCUUAUGGUCGGCCUCCGUGUGAUUUAGCGAAGGUGCGAAGACGUAUUCGAGUUUCGUGUCGAUAGAUUCGGGACCUGUGACAGCAAUGUCCGUUUCCCUUCUGAAGAAGACAGCUCUGCUGAUGGGGGAUCUCCAAGAGUCAAAGGCUAGGAAGGCUGCUUCCGCGAAGGAGCUGAACAAAGUGAAAUUAGUCAAGUUGUCCUCGAAGGAGAAACAGACUCGUCGAUUGAUGGGAGAUAUGCGGAAGAGGAGGAUGAGUUCGAAUGCGGAUCUCUCAAAGAGCAUUGCGAGAGUCCAGAGAUUCAGCGAGAAGAUCAACGGCUAUACGAAGAAAGCGCUCGCCAACGAUCUCGUCCGAAGACGUAUCUUCAAAAAUCAAGCUGAGAGCUCUAUCCCGCUCAAGAGCGAAGAUGAUGACAUGCAAGAGUCAGCGUUCACAGAAGAAGACUUCAAGAGAUUCGACGAGGAGUACAACAUCAAGUUCACGACGCGAGCUAGAGAGCGCGCGGAGAUUCAGAAAUACAUUAAAUAAAACGAGCUGAACGA